CUUGCCCAGCUGCUGGCAGAACUGAAUUCCAUACCCGACCUGUUCCCAGUGAAAACUCCCACCUCGACUCCUUCGAAACAGAAGAAAAUCCCAAGGAGGACAUUUUCUGAAGGCCAGAUAGCACGUCGCAUGAACCCGACAAGAAAUGCUCGUCCACCAGAAAAAUUUGCCUUGGAAAAAUUCACUGUGUCAACUGUCAAAUUUGCAGAACGCUUCUGUAGCUAUAGGCAACAAAAUCUCUUGAAGAGAUUCCAUAUGCAGGGGGAUUGUGGAGUGCGGAAAAGGAGGAGAUCAUCGAAGUAUUCAUCUCACCGUCGAGUAGAGGACAUUACUGAGGAGGACUUGGACAACAUUGCGAUCACUGUCAAAGACAAAAUCUAUGACAAAGUUCUAGGUAGUACUUGCCACCAGUGUCGACAAAAGACAAUUGAUACAAAGACAAUCUGUCGCAACCAGGGCUGUGGAGGGGUCCGGGGGCAGUUCUGUGGACCGUGUCUCCGCAACCGAUAUGGGGAAGACGUGAAAUCAGCACUGCUGGAUCCAGCCUGGAUCUGUCCUCCUUGUCGGGGGGUGUGCAACUGCAGCUACUGCCGCCGGCAGGACGGGCGCUGUGCCACGGGCAUGCUCAUCCACCUGGCCAAGUUCUACGGCUACAACAACGUCAAGGAGUACCUGGAAAGUUUACAGAAACAACUGGUGGAUGACAAUUGAGAACCCUUGCACUCAAGCUGUGCCUGCAACUGGUUAAUAUGUUGACAAAUUUUUUACUUCAAAAGGUUAUUACUGUGUUUUAUAUAAGAUUAUAGAUUUGUAGAGUAUAGUAUACGCAUUCGGUGUUGGAAACUUCUUGAUUGAUGUGGUCUUAUGCAAAAGAUCUCUCAGGAAAAUGUUUUGGUAGAGAAAUCUACCUGCACAGACCUGUACUUUAAGUGAAAUGGCACUCUUAGUCCUUGAGUGGUUAAUUUUUAAUACAGCUACACA